CUUUAACCAAAUCUGCUGGACUCCACAUGCCCCAUGUUAAAAGAUAUCCUCAUAUAUGAUAUCAUAUCAUGCAGAGGAAUAAAGGCUUCCCAUCUACACAAGAAUCUUUCUUUUACUUUUCCUGCUUCUGCAACUACGGCUUCCCUUUGGGCCUUCCUGAGAAAUAAGGAAAAGCAAAGCUAUGUCCUGGGGGAAAAUGGAGCAAGUUUUGUGAAUCUCAAUUUCAUUAUGAUGGAAAAUAUGUUGUAAUGUCGGUUAUGAGAUGGUCCCGCGUGUGAAUUUUGGCCCUUUCAUUUUCUUUCUCCCUGUGUCAUCUUUGUCUUGGCGUGGACAGGAAAAAUCUGGCGCCUGGGAAAAUGGUUUCCCUGCCUCAAUUCCCUCUCCUUCAAAUUUUGAAUUUGGCGCAAGAAAGAGAUGAUAUGAAGGUUUUUCACUUCAUUCAACCUGGGUUUGGACUUGUUUUUGGAGGACUUACUCGGAGCUCUUCGUGAUUUUGAGAGCUCUUGGGCUUCUGUUCGUCGUCUUGAGAAACAAAGCUUCUAUCUCAAGGACACUUUCUAGAGCACAAAAAAUCGUUCUUUCAAUGGCAAAACAAUUCCACAGUUCACUGCUUGUGCUUUUAAUAACAGCUUUACUUUCUAUCUAUGAUUCCGAGCAGCUUCAAUCUUCCCAGUUCGAUGCUCUUCUCAGAAUUCAACGAGAUUUAAACUUCCCUGCCGUUAUAAACAGCUGGAAUAACCUCACAGACUUCUGCAACGCCGAUUCAAAUUCUUCUUCCACUGUCGUGUGCUAUGAAGACAUCAUAACCCAGCUUCAUAUAAUAGGUGAAACAAGAACUUCCCUUCUUCCUCGAAAUUUCUCAGUAGAUUCCUUUUUCAAAACACUGGCAAGACUUCCUAAUUUGAAAGUCCUCACUCUGGUUUCUCUUGGCAUAUGGGGUCCAUUGCCUGCUAAAAUUUCUCAUUUGGCAUCACUAGAAAUAGUUAACAUGAGCUCUAAUUGCCUAUAUGGGUCCAUCCCACAAGAGCUUUCUUCACUUUCCAAUCUUCACACACUCAUUCUUGACGAAAAUAUGUUGGCUGGUCAGCUUCCUAAUUGGAUGGAUUCAUUUCCAGCCUUAACUGUGUUGAGUUUGAAAAACAAUAGGUUCAAUGGAUCUUUGCCUGAUUCAUUGGGUAGCUUGGAAAAUCUUAGGAUCCUUUCGCUUGCAAAUAAUCACUUUUAUGGUAUGGUACCUGAUUUGAGCCGUUUGAAAAAUCUUGAAGUUCUGGAUUUGGACAGUAAUGCUUUUGGGCCUCAGUUUCCUCAGCUUGGUACAAAGUUGGCCACUCUUAUACUAAGGAACAAUAGCUUCAGGUCUGGUAUUCCUUCUGAAGUGACCUCUUAUUACCAGCUUGAGCGAUUGGAUAUCUCAUUAAAUACAUUUGUGGGGCCAUUUCAGCCAGCAUUGUUGUCUCUUCCUUCAAUUACUUAUCUCAACAUUUCUCGGAACAAAUUGACUGGGAUGGUCUUUGAGAAUAUGUCCUGCAAUUCAGAACUCGAGGUUGUGGAUUUGUCGUCGAAUCUUUUGACAGGCAAAUUACCUAGAUGUUUGGGGUCAAAUUCCAGUGACAGAACAGUACAGUAUGCUAGAAAUUGUCUUGAUGGUGCAGAUCAGAAUCAGAACCCACAACCCUUUUGCCACACUGAGGCCUUAGCCGUGGGGAUAUUACCUGAGAGAAAGAAGCACAAAGGAUUGUCCAAGUUAGUCCUUUCCGUUGGAAUAGCAGGCGGAGCUGUAGGAGUUGGAGCACUUCUUGGACUUAUUCUCUUUCUUGUUAAAAGAGGAAAUACCAAAAGCAAAAUUAAGAAUCCUCCAGUAAGAUUUAUAUCCGAGAAUGCUGCUUCUGGAUACACUUCUCAGUUGCUUUCUAAUGCAAGGUAUAUAUCUCAAACAAUGAAGUUGGGAGCAGUUGGUUUGCCAACUUAUCGAACUUUCUCAUUGGAGGAGAUUGAGACUGCUACAAACUACUUUAACACAGCUUCUUUCAUCGGUGAAAGUUCUCAUGGCCAGAUGUAUAGAGGCCAGUUGAAGAAUGGUUCACUUGUGGCCAUUACAUGUGUAAAAAUGGGAAAAGGUUAUAGCACACAAAGCUUUAUGCAGCAAAUAGAGCUGAUGUCAAAACUCAGGCAUCGUCAUUUAGCCAGUGCUCUUGGACACUGCUUUGAAUGUUAUUUAGAUGAUUCAAGUGUCAGCAGAAUAUUUCUUGUAUUUGAGUACGUACCAAAUGGCACGCUCAAGAGCUGGAUCUCUGAUGAGAAUCCUUCAAAAUCACUUGGUUGGACUCAACGCAUAGCAGCUGUAAUUGGAGUAGCAAAGGGAAUCCAGUUUUUGCAAACUGGGAUUCUCCCUGGUGUCUAUUCAAACAAUCUCAGAAUAACAGAUGUUUUAUUAGACCAGAACCUCGUUGCAAAAAUCUGCAGCUAUAACCUGCCUUUAUUGUCAAACUUGGGAAAGGUUGGCCAUGGAAAUUCUUCCAGCAAAUCUAAAAGUCCUAAAGUUAACAAAAGCAAUAAACAUGAAGAUAAGUCUGAUAUAUACGACUUGGGAGUCAUACUAUUGGAACUCAUCCUUGGAAGGACAAUGGAGUCAAAGAAUGAUGUGGACACUUUAAUUAAUCUGCUGCAAGCAAGCAUAGUAGCGGAUGAUGAUGCACGGAGGAGCGUGGUAGAUCCUGUGGUUCGAAGGGCAAGCUUGGAUCAAUCAUUGAAGACAGUGAUGGAGAUCUGCGUGAGGUGUCUGGCUAAAGAGGCAGAAGAAAGACCUUCCAUUGAGGAUGUGCUGUGGAAUCUGCAGUUUGCAGCUCAAGUUCAAGAUUCAUGGCGAGUGGACUCUCGAAGUAGUGGUGAUUGGUCUCCUGGGUCGCCUUCAGACUCUGCGAGACUGGCCUUCCAUUAGUGUCGAUACACACAGACGAAUGACACACACACACAUAUAUUUUUGUAUAUUUCACUAUAAAGCCUAUAAAUGGUUGAAAUUUAUAGAAUGUGAGCAAUAUUGUAGCUUACACUUGAAGCAUCAGAAUAUCAGAUGCGGGUUAAGGGGGCUCAGAAUUCAGAAAUGUAAUAUUACAUGCAGCAUGUAUAUGAUUAAAUUGUGAAAUGUGUUCUUGAUAAAUAA